CGCCGGCGGCGGAGGAUGCCGACGCCGGGCGCCGCUCCGCCCAGGAGGGCGCUCACGGCCCGCGACCUCGUGGAGGAGGGGAAGAAGCGGGCCGUGCUGCUCCUCGUCUUCGCCUUCGGGCUCGCCUUCCUCAUGUCCCUGACAAGCUCUUCAGUCUGGAUUAACUUCCCAUUUUCCAUAGCUUUGAUAGUUUUAUUUCGCUACAUGUCACUUGACUACGACUUCCGUAGAAAGAGCACGGCUACUACAGAUCAUGAUGCCAGUCGACCGCUUGCCAAAACGAAAAGUACCGAGUUAAGCAAACCUUCCCUUGCUCAGAAGAGUGGAAAUUCAGUUUGGAGGAGCAAGGUGAAUUCGCCUCCAGUUGAAGCAGCAUUUGAUCAGUUCACAAGGCAUCUUAUCACAGAGUGGGUAACAGAUCUUUGGUACUCCCGUGUAACACCUGAUAAGAACGGACCGGAGGAACUCAUCAGUAUAGUUAAUUCUGUCCUCGGAGAGAUUUCUAGUCGGGCAAGAAACAUUAACCUUAUCACUCUGCUAACCAGGGAUCUGGUCGAUCUCAUAUGCCAUAAUUUGGAGCUUUAUCAAUCCUGUGAAGCUAAGAUUGGAAAAGAGAAGUUUGUUAACCUCCCGACAGAGCGUCGUGACGCUGAACUGAAACUUGCUCUUAUAGCUCAAAGCAAGUUGCAUCCGGCUUUAUUUUCAGCCAGUGCUGAAUACAAGGUCUUACAAAGUCUUGCUGAUGGUUUGAUCUCAAUCACAGUAAAUCCUGAGAAUCUACAGUGCUCGUUCUUCCACUGUACUGCACGAGAACUUCUUGCGUGUGCAGUUUUGAGGCCUGUCAUAAACUUAGCAAAUCCAAGGUUUAUAAAUGAAAGGAUUGAAGCUUUGGUUCUUUCUCGUGCCAAUAAGGCAGAUAAAGGAGUUGCUGGAUCGGAGGAUGUUGGGACGCUGAAGCAAAGGGAACCUCCUAUGCCAUCUGUGGAUGAACUGUCUGCACUGGCAGAUCACUCGAGUCCUGGGGUUGAACUUGUGAGAUUUAGUCAGGGUCAGUCCAAGACUGCUUCAGAUAUGCAACUCAGUAAAACUAAAAGUACAUCGAGUGUCAAACCAAAAUCCCCUAAUUCUUGUAUAAUCAAUGAUUCACAUCCGCUUGAGUCAGGCAGUUUACCUUCCAGUUUCCACAUCUAUCCAGAUACCGGCAUUUCUGCACAUCCCCAAACUCGUGGCAGGAUAACUACAGAGAGUUACGAAGGACAGUCAGCGCAAACAUUGGAUUUCAGCUCCCACCGAAAAAAUCGAGCUGUAGCACCUGAGCACCUUGAGAAUAUGUGGACUAGAGGGAAGAAUUACAAAUUAGAAAAUGCAAACCAUGUUACCAUAGCACCUGCUAGAUCUUCUUUGGUCACCACUUCUUCAAUGCAGGGGUCGUCAAUUCGUCAUCAUCCUACCGUUCCACAAAGGCAAACAACGUCGUCUUCUGAGGGACAUCAUCCCAUAAAAACCUCAGCUACUCCUGCAUGUUCAAAUGGCAUAAAUCACCUGCCAAAAAGUUUAUCUGAAGAAAUGGCAGAGCAUGCCAGCCAAGAAGAUUUAGCUGUGGACAGUGAGAGUUCAUAUGGCACCGAGGAGGAAGAAAAUAACAAUGUGACUGGCUUAGACUCUCCUGUAACCAGAGUUUGGGAUAGCAAAAGUAAAGGAAAUGGGACCUCGUCUCAUAUACAUCAUCCACUUGAAUUGUCUAAUUUCCAUAAAGCAAGAACAAAUCGAAGUCAUGUGGGAAAGUUGAAAAUGACGAGAACUUCAUCAGGAAGGAAAAGGUCAAGGACAGUUGCUCAAAAGACUCCCUUAUGGCAAGAGGCUGAUAGAUCUUUCUUGGCUGGUGGUGAUUUUGGUAUACUAAAUACAUCAGCAAAUGAUUCAAGGGCGGAUGGACCAUAUGAUGAUACUGAGGUGGAAAGUAUCACUAGGAUGCUUAGUGGUGCCAAUGCUUCAUCUUUGUCAUUGCCAUCAAGUGGCUCUUCUUUUUCAUCUAAUUAUUCUAGCACCAACGUGUUGGAAGACUCAUAUUUAAAGUUAAGAUGUGAGGUAGUAGGAGCCAGCAUUGUCAAAAGCGGGUCUGGCAUGUUUGCUGUGUAUUCUGUUUCAGUAACUGAUGCCAACGGUAAUAGUUGGUCCAUCAAGAGGAGGUUUCGUCAUUUUGAAGAGCUGCAUCGGCGUCUGAAAGAAUAUCCUCAGUACAGUCUUCACUUGCCUCCAAAGCAUUUCCUCUCAUCAGGGUUAGAGGUUCCUGUUGUUCGAGAGAGAUGCAAGUUGCUUGACAUAUAUCUAAAGAAUCUUCUUCAGAUCCCCACUGUUUCAAGCUGUAUUGAAGUCUGGGAUUUUCUAAGUGUUGAUUCACAGACAUACAUAUUCUCAGAUUCUCUCUCUGUUAUCCAGGCACUGUCAGUCAAUUUAGAUGUAAGAUCUAAUGAGAAGGGUGCAAAACCAUUGAAUUCUCCCAAAGCUUUGAAUGGAAAUUUGUCCUCUACAAGACAGUCUGUAAGUGGAUAUCAAAAUGAUAACUUGCAAAAGGAUAAGGAUUUUGCUGCUGUUGAUGGUUUGAGACUGAGGAAAGGAAGUACAGAUCAGAAUUUAGAAACUAGUGUUAGCAACGCAAGUGCAGAUAUGUAUCAAGACCACUCUGGAAGUGAUCCUGAACAAAACGAUUACUCGUUUUCGAUAAAUUCAGGAGAUCAUAAGAAAAUGCUGGCAAGUCAAACUGGUUAUACAUCUCAAAUUUUGGAAUCUGAUGGAUACUCAGUGACUCCUAAUGAAUGGAUGGCUCCAAAUGUUAGUGCCCCCAUAUUUCACCUGGUUGAUGUGAUUUUUCAGCUGCAAGAUGGAGGCUGGAUCAGACGACAAGCAUUUUGGGUAGCAAAGCAAAUACUGCAAUUAGGAAUGGGAGACACAUUUGAUGACUGGCUUGUUGAGAAAAUUCAAUUACUGAGAAAGGGGAGGAUAAUUGCUUUUGCAGUCAAGCGUGUUGAACAGAUACUCUGGCCAGAUGGAAUUUUCAUGACAAAGCAUCCCAGCAGAAAACCAGCUGAACCUUCUCCUGGUGCCCAGAAUGAUGGGAAGACAAACUAUCUGACUGAAGAACAACGAUUAGAAGCUGCACAUCGUGCAGAUUUUGUCCGUGAACUGAUAAUAGAUAAAGCACCACCUGCGCUAGUGAGUCUGGUUGGUCGAAAGGAGUACGAAAGAUGUGCUCAGGAUAUCUACUUCUUUCUUCAGUCCCAAGUUUGUCUGAAGCAGCUAACAUUUGAACUCCUAGAGCUCCUUGUCCUCGCUGCAUUUCCGGAGCUGGACGACACCGUGAGGAAGUGGCACGAAGACAAACAUGAGUUUGCCACCCUGGAAUGAUUUCUUUGCGACAGAUCGAGUCUCCUGGAGCGCUGAUAUGUUUCACUGUAAAUAAGGCGAUAUCAAUAGCGCUGCUGUUUUCGAUAGCUUAGUUUUGUGCAGUGUGAAUACGAGUAGCUAGCUAACAACUCGCGUUGCGAGGAUUGGUCCCUUCCCCCCUUGGACCUUACCCACGCCGGUUUCGUGUUUGACGGAAUGGUGUGCGUCCUUUUUCGUGUUCUUUUUCCUGGAAUGGGGUUUUUGUAUACGUAAUGCAGCAUGCAAAGAAAGAGAGGUUGGUACAGGUUUUUUCUGUCGCUGUGGCGCAGGAUAGCUGCACACUUCGUUAGCCUUUGUAAUAUUCCAUUUUGGUUACAUCCAACUUAUACACAUCUACGAUGAUGAAUGAAGAUAAGAGUUGUCACUUCA